CCUUACGUGGUAUCGAGCGCGACUAGUUAUACGUCACUGUUUUCAACUUUUCAAAUUCAGUUGUCAGUUGUCAGCCAAGCCGGGUGGACGUGUGUGAAAUCUAGUGAUCAGUGCGCGGAGCUUUUAAACAUGGCUCUGCUACGUAGGCUGGCAGUGAACGCUCCACGCGGAAUUCGAGUGCUUUCUACAUCAUCCCAGGGUAAAGACGACCUAGAUCUAACAUUCAGCAACCCGAAAGACGCGUUCAAAAGUAAAAAGACCAGUGAACUGAUCCGGGCAUAUUUCGUCUACCAAAUAUGUUCCAUCAAUUGGAUCGUGGAGAACAACGACAUGUUGAUGAAACGUCUUCGUCAAGUCGUGGGUCAGCGGUUGUUCGAAAUGAUAAUGAAGGCGACGUUCUACGGGCAGUUCGUCGCCGGCGAAGACCAGAACAAGAUACGACCUACAAUCGAAAGGUUGCGUUCAUUUGGUGUGAAGUCGAUUUUGGAUUAUUCGGUUGAAGAGGACCUCUCUCAGGAAGAGGCUGAGAAGCGCGAAGUAAGCGCCUCCAUCUCUGUUUGCGGUGACACCGCAGAGGAGGGUCAGCUUAAGCAAUACCACGUGGAACAGCGUUUUGCUGACCGUCGUUACAAGGUGACCAGUGCGAGAACCUACUUCUACCUCAAUGAGGCCUCCUGCGAGAAGAACAUGGAGGCUUUCCUUAAGAGUAUCGACGCUGUUGCUGGCAUCACAGAGAGCACGGGAUUGAUGGCUGUAAAACUGACAGCUCUUGGAAGACCACAAUUACUUCUCCAAUUGUCCGAGGUGAUUAUGCGUGCGCGUAACUACAUGCAGCAGAUAGCAGGUGGCACAGGCAACGUGCUGACCCACCACAAGACAAUAGAGGACUUCCAGAGGUACCUCGGAGAGCACUCCUCCAAACCGGAGGUUCAAGACUUUAUGAAGAAGAUCACCUCGGAUAAAGAGGGAAUCGUUCACUUGUUCCCCUGGUCAAACAUCCUCGACAAGGACAUGAAUCUAUCGGACUCGUUCCGUGUGCCCGACCCCAAGACCGGACAGAUGCGGCGUCUAAUCUCGCAGAUCUCGCCCAAAGAGGAAGAAAUGUUCAGGAACAUGCUCAGGAGAAUCAACCAUAUCAUCCAGGUUGCUGCUGAGGCGGACGUGAGGAUAAUGAUAGAUGCCGAGCAGACAUACUUCCAACCUGCCAUUUCCCGAAUCUGCUUGGAAAUGAUGAGACGCUAUAACAAGGGAAGAUUCGUGGUGUUCAACACUUACCAGACGUACCUGAAGAACACUUACAAUGAGAUCGUGACCGACCUGGAGCAGGCCGAGCGACAGAACUUCUUCUGGGGGGCCAAAUUAGUGCGCGGCGCUUAUAUUGAACAGGAGCGCGCCCGUGCUGCAGCCAUGGGCUAUGAAGACCCGAGUUGCGAGAGCGUGGAGGCCACUACGGCCUCCUUCCACAAGUGCCUCAAGGAAAUACUCGGCAGGGUCAAGGGUGACCGCCAACAAAAUCUGGGUAUAAUGGUGGCCUCCCACAACGAAGACACAAUCCGGUACGCCAUCCAACUGAUGAGGGACUACAACAUUCAGCCUGACGAGAAGGUUGUGUGCUUUGGACAACUUCUCGGCAUGUGCGACCACAUCACCUUCCCACUUGGUCAAGCCGGCUACUCGGCCUACAAGUACGUCCCGUACGGGCCAGUGCUGGAAGUGUUGCCAUAUCUCUCGCGACGUGCGAACGAGAACCGCGGUUUCCUCGUUAAAAUCAAGAAGGAGAAGGGUCUCUUGCUCAAGGAAAUUUUCCGUCGGAUCGUCACCGGCAAGGCCUUCUACAAACCUGUCGGUAAUUACACGCCCGUGUAGGCCAAGCCUGAUCUCUAGGAGUUUAAAUUUUACCGCUUUCGCUUUCGUUUACAGCCAUCUACACAGUCGUGAAUGACAGGGUUUAAGCCAAUAGAAGUAAGCUUUCGACAACAAUUUAUACGUGAAUGACAGGUGUCAAAACCGAUAUAAGAUUGGCAACAACUACUAAAGUUUCAACGUCAUAGCUUAGAGAACGUCAGUUUGACAGUUUACCUUUUCUAUUGGUUUAAGUUCUGAUGGUCUUUCGCAUAUUCAGAUCUGCAUCCGUAGAUUGAGCUUCGUCCACACGUUUUAGGAAUUGGGAUAUAGUCUCAUGUGUACGGGGUUUUAGGAAUUGCUCCAGGGAAUGUGGAAAGCUAGUGGAAUCUUUUUGGAAUUGUUUUUAUGUACAUAUUAUUGCCGAUUUAUCUUCAAAUUGCGCAAGUAUUACGCGAAUGUAUUAAUCCGACUUUUUUAUUAUAUGAAAUUAAUAAUUUGUGUGCUGUCGAUCUGUUGCAAAUUUUUUCGCAACAUUGUAGAUAUUUUAAUUUAACUGAACUAUCACAAUUUUCUUUUUCAAUUUAUUGUACACGUAUUUUUUAAUUUAUUUGAUUUUUUCAUUGUAGUAUUAUUAUGUAUAUUUUGAUGUUUUAUUUUGGAAUUUAUUUAGUUAUUUUCGAUAUUGAUUUGCGUAUUGCCAACAUUUAAUACGUAUUAUAGAAAUCUUAGUGAAUCUUUGAGAACAGCAAUUUCUUAAUAAAAACUCCUGAGGCGUUUGGAAUAUAACAUUUAUUAUAAUGAAAUUAAGAUCUUAAAAUUACAAUGAGAUUAAUAACUAGUAUUAUAUCAACAAGAUGGCGGGCGUAAAAACAAAAUGGCGCUAAGUAUCAUACGGGACUUAAUGAGUGCAUUUCCGUGUUCUAAGUCUUAAUUUAUUCAUGUAAGCUAGAAUGUGUUUUGUGCUAUUGUUACUUUACUGUUAUGUCGGGCAAUAAAAUGCUCAAUUUUGUAAAGCCCGACUGUUAGGUAUAAUUUCGGUACUGCAUCCUAAAUUCAUGUAACGUAAAAUAAAAGUAUUAUCUAUGCCACGAAUUUGAUACCAGAUGUGAACAAAGUUUCUCAUUUGUGAUCAAACGAUUUUGACAGUUUGAAGAUUAUCACAAUAACAAUAAAAACCCUUAAACCACAAUUCGCGAGCUGCAUUAGUCAGUUUAUAUUUUGUAGACUUAUUUGCCUACAACUUUGAUUCAGGCGCAAAAACUGGUUAUUCUCGAAAGCAAGGUGUAGUGAAGUAAGGUAUUAUUUGUCUAUGAAUACUUUUCGUUAUCUGUAUCAUAAGUAUAGACAAUUUAAUACGGGAACACUAUGCCUAAGUCGAGUAUGACCACUGGCGAGUUUAAGCCCUUUGGUGCAGUACCGAAGAAUAAGUUCCUAUAAGAAAAAUUAGGCCGAUAACGCAAGUAAUCGUUAUGUAUGUAUGUAGUUUUAUUAAUUUAUUUUAUCUUCAUAAAAUGACCGGUAAAUAGUAUACAUAAAUUUUAGUUUUAUUGCAUUUUUGUUUUUAAUUUAAGCUGUUUGAUGCGAUACGUUGUGAUGCUAAUUUAGAUUUUAUGAAUAGACAAUUAAUAAAGACAAAUGUUGUAUA